AUGGCUAUCGAACUCACCGUCCCCCUCCUAAUCAACGGCCAUGAGGAAACAACCCCCAACACCUUCCCCGUAGUUAGCCCUUACACCAACACAACCAUCUGGUCCGCCUCCGCUGCAACACCUCAAGAUGCAAUCCGCGCCGUCGAAGCCGCCAACGCCGCCUUCCCCUCAUGGUCGCAGACAAAACCAACCGUGAGACGCGACAUCCUCCUCAAAGCCGCUGAUAUCCUCGAGUCCCGCAUCGAUGCCAAUGCCGGGUACAUGCGUCAAGAAAUGGGCGCAGACGUAGGCGCCUCGGCGGGGUUCGUUGUCCCGCUUGCAGUGCGCAUGUUGCGCGAGGUUGCAAGCCGCAUUACGUCAAUCUGUGGUAGUGUACCCGUCGUCGAGACAGAGGGACAGAGUGCGAUUGUCUUUAAGGAAGCGAUGGGAGUGAUUUUGGGGAUUGUGCCAUGGAACGCUCCCUACGUCUUCGGUAUUCGGUCCGCUGCUUGCGCCCUCGCAGCUGGCAACACAACGGUCCUCAAAUCUUCCGAAUUAACUCCCCGCUGCUACUGGGCUAUUGGUCGUGCCUUUGAAGAUGCUGGUCUCCCGGCUGGGUGUUUGAAUAUCAUCCACUGCGCCCCGCAGGAUGCACCCGAGGUUGUUAAUGCUAUGAUCGAGCACGAGGCCGUGCGUAAGAUCAAUUUCACCGGUAGCACAGCUGUGGGUCGGAAGAUCGCGCGAGCCUGCGGUCAGAACCUGAAGCCUUGUCUCAUGGAGCUGGGCGGGAAGAACAGCUCGAUCGUGUGUCAUGACGCUGAUCUACAGACUGCCGUGCAGGGUGUGUUGGCGGGAGCAUUCCUAAAUUCCGGUCAAAUCUGCAUGGCAACCGACCGAAUCCUCGUCCACACCUCCAUCCUCCCAUCCUUCGUAGAAGCCCUCCAACACGCCCUCGCAGCCGGCGCCGAAGCUUCAGCCCUCCCCCCAACACUCGUCAACACAGCCUCCAAAACUCGCGUCGAAGCCCUCAUCGCCAGCGCCGUCUCAGCAGGCGCACACUUCAUCUCUGGGUCUGCAGACAGCAUCCCGACCGACUCGGGGGUACGCAUGGCGCCCGCCGUGCUGGGCGGCGUAAAGGAAGACAUGGCGCUGUGGCAGGAGGAGUCCUUUGCGUCCGUUGCAGCGUGCAUGCCCUUCGACAGCGAGGAUGAGGCGAUCCGUCUUGCGAAUGGGAGUGGGUAUGGACUUUCGGCAUCUGUUUUCACGGAGGAUCUACGGAAGGGAUUGGCGAUGGCCCGGCGGAUUCAAUCUGGGGCGGUUCAUAUCAAUAGUAUGACAAUCCAUGAUGAACCAGCUCUUCCUCAUGGCGGUGUGAAGAAUAGUGGAUGGGGUCGGUUCAAUACUGAUGAGGGAUUGAAUGAGUUCUUGGUUACGAAGAGUGUGACGUGGAUGGAUUAG